AUGUCUAUUCAACGGAAUACAACUAAUAAAUCAAUACAACAUAACAUACUUCGACGUGAAAUUCAAUGUCCACGACGUAUCUUCACUAAUUUUGUCAUCAAUCCCUAUCAUCUCAAACAAUAUUUCUAUACGCCGAAAGUAAAUGAAUAUGAACCUGAUGAAUAUAUAUUCAAAGAUGAUGAACGUCUUCACUCAAUUAUCCAACGUGCAUCUAUGCCUCCAAAUAGACUUUAUAAUUUUCCACAGACAACUGCACAAGAAAUCGGAUGGUUUAGUUCUCAUCGUCUUUUGAAUAUUGAUCAAACUGAUAUACGUUUUUAUAAACCUAUACAAAGUGGUGACUUUACUAGAUAUGAAAAUCAACUAAUUAAAUAUCAAACAUUAUCAAAAAAUAAAAAUACACAUGUACUCGUAGCACCAAAAACAAAACAACAACUAAAGAAAGAUUUUAUUUAA